GAUAUGACCGAAAGUUUAAGAUAAAGCAUAAAUUUUUAAUCAAGUGACAAAAUACAUGAGGUCUACAAAACUUCACGCAAUCCCGUUUGAAAUCAACCAUCAUUUGCCGCGCUACGAAGUAGAGGGCGCUUGAACUCGAAUUAGCACGUGUGCACUAUAUGCAUACUCUGGCAAGUGCGACGCGUUUUUGCUUUCCUCGUGUUUGGUCGUCGAAAAAUCAUGAGGAUCGAAACGUGUUAUUUCUGCUCGUCCAGGAUUUAUCCUGGACACGGUAUCCAGUUCGUGAGAAAUGACUGCAAGAUUUUCAGAUUUUGCAGAUCGAAAUGUCACGCAGCCUUCAAAAAGAAGAAGAAUCCAAGGAAAGUCAAAUGGACCAAAGCCUACAGAAAGACUGUUGGCAAGGAAUUGGCUAUUGAUCCUACCUUUGAAUUUGAAAAGAGGAGGAACACGCCUGUCAAAUACAACAGAGAAUUAUGGACUAAGACGGUUGAGGCCAUGAAGAAGGUUGAGAGCAUCAGGCAGAAGAGAGUCAAUGCACACAUUAUGCAGAGAUUGAGGAAAGGACGUGAGCUCGAAAAGGAGAGAGACAUCAAGGAAGUACAAAGAGACUUGGCUCUCAUCCGGUCACCUGCUGCUGGACUCAAGGAAAGGAAGAAAUUGGAAGAAGAGGAAGAAGAAGACAUGAAGGUUGACAGUGACGUAGAGAUGGAAGCGCAGGCGAUAGAAGCAAAUUAAAUUUGAAAACAACAGUAUAAAUUGAAUAUCGAAUACUUUUUUUUAAUUAAUCAAUUGUAUCAGCCUUUUGUGUAAGUAGUAACAAGUUUAAUUAUUGUACAGUUAGAAUUUUAUAUUUGCUACUUAUACAAGUACCUAGAGGUACAACUUCCAAUGAAAAUACAAUUAGACUCUGAAUUUCGUAAUUUUGAUUCAUUAUGAAUUUUUUUUCAUAUAAUUUCAUGAAUUUGCAACAUUUACACAUCAUUGACAUACUGCGUUAUCAGCUGAAAAAACUUUCAUUCGCGCAGAAGUUUGACACAUGUUGUGUAUAGGUGGAGCUACUAUGCGCAUUUUUAAAUGCGAUUGCAUUAUUUGAAAUCGUUGUAUGGUAAAAUUUUUAUUGUUAAAUGAUGAAGGUUUGUAAGCGUUUAACUGAUUUUUCGAUAAAUAAACUUUAUUUAUUUAAACCGAUGAACUUUUUUUAAUCACGCAACACUGUAAGCCACCGUAACUUAUCUUAAUUUAAUAAAAUUUUUCAAAUAUGAA